AUGGCCUUCCCCUUCUCCCCCAGCAACCUGCCCACCCAGCUCUUCAUCAACAACGAGUACGUGGAUUCCCGCAGCACCCAAAAGCUCUCAGUCCACAACCCCAAAGACGGCACCCUCGUCACCGACCAAGUGCCCCUCUCCGGCGCCGAAGACGUCGACGCAGCCGUCGCCGCCGCCGAAGCCGCCUUCCCAGCAUGGAAGAAGACCAGCGCCAUUGAACGGCGCGAAACGAUGCUGAAAUUCGCCUCCCUCCUCCAGCAACACGUCGACCAACUCUCCGAGCUAAGCCGCAUCACCCUCGGCUCCCCCUUCCGCACCUUCGGCGGCUUCGAAACCUCCAUGGCGUCCGAGCUGUUCACCUACUACGCCGGCUGGACCGACAAAUUCGGCGGCGAGAGCUUCCCCCAGGACAACGGGUUCCUGAAGUUCACGCGCCACGAGCCGCUGGGCGUGACGGCCGGCAUUGCGCCGUGGAAUGCGCCCAUAGGAACCCUCGGGCUGAAGGCUGCGCCGGCGCUGGCGACGGGGAACUGCUUUAUUCUCAAGCCGUCUGAGAAGACGCCGCUGAGUUCGCUGGCGCUAGGUGCGCUGAUUAAGGAGGCUGGGUUCCCGCCGGGUGUGUUCCAGGUUUUGUCGGGGGAUGGGUCGACGGGGGAUUUGUUGGCACGGCAUAUGCGGGUUCGCAAGAUCUCGUUUACGGGGUCGAUUCCUACGGGAAAGAAGGUUCAGCGUGCGGCUGCGGAGAGUAACCUUAAGCGGGUGACGCUCGAGCUGGGUGGAAAGUCGCCGGCUGUGGUGUUUGAUGAUUGUCACUUGGAGAAUGCUGUGUCGUGGUGUGCGAGGAUUACGGCGAAUACGGGACAGGUCUGCUUCGCGCCCUCCCGAGUCUACGUCCAAGAAGGCAUCAAAGACCAAUUCCUUGCCAAAUACAAGCUCGCCCUCGAAGAGAUGGGCAAAGCAGUCGGCGACCCCGACCACCCCAACACACUCAUGGGACCCAUCGUCGACAAAGCGCAGUUCAGCCGCGUCAUGGGGUUCAUCGAGCGGGGCGCCAACCAAGGAAUCCUGCUGACGGGGGGGAACCGCGUCGGGGAGACAGGGCUGUACGUGGCGCCGACGGUCUUCACAGACGUGGAGGCGUCGUCGGAGCUCCUGCAGAAUGAGAUCUUCGGGCCCGUCGCCGUCGUCAACACGUUCAAGACGGAGGAGGAGGUGAUUCGCGAGGCGAACGCCACUGAGUAUGGGCUGAUGGCGGGUGUCUUUACGCAGGAUAUCAACCGGGCGUUGCGUGUGGCGAGCGAGUUCGAGAGUGGGAUGGUGGGCGUUAAUGCUGUGUCGCUUGUGCAGACGGAGUUGCCGUUUGGGGGGUCGAAGCAGAGUGGGACGGGGAGGGAGUGUGGGAGGGCCGCCUUGGAGGCGUUUACGGAGACGAAGACGAUUAUGAUUAAUUUGACUUAUUAG